AUGACUGUGAAGCGCCGCAACCACGGCCGUAACAGGCACGGUCGCAACCACACCCACCUUGUCGUGUGCGACGGCUGCGGCUGCAAGCCUGCGAAGGAUAAGGCCAUCAAGCGAUUCACCGUCCGCAACAUUGUCGACAAGAGUUCGCUGCGCGAUCUCAACGAAGCUUGCGUUAUCGACGAAUACGAGCUCCCCAAGUUCUACAUCAAGCUCCAUUACUGCGUCUCAUGCGCAGUCCAUCGCAAGACUGUCCGCCCCCGCGCCCGUGUCGAACGCUCCAACCGCGUCAAUCCGCGACAGGCUAUGAUGGAGAAGUAUCGCCAGCAAGGUGAUAAAAGCGGCGGCCAGCGCCCCGGCCAGGCUGGCGGGAAGUAA